UCAGCGCGAACGCAGUCCCUCGGGUCAACUUUGGAUUACAAGCGCACUGCUCAGUGGCUUCGCGACCUUCUGAAGUAUCCGGAGGCAUAUACUACCAGAUAUACAGAGCUGCCCUCAAAGGACAGGGCCAAAAGAUCGUUUUCGGCAGAGCACCGGCGGCAUUCUGAUGCAGCGUCGAUGAGCAUGCUUCCAUCCCGCCGUGUGACGGGCCAGUCAUCUUAUUCUGCCAGGUCCGAGCCAAAGAUUGAUCCAUUAAUAUUUGAGCGGGCGGUCAAUGAUCUUGAGAAGCUGAUGAACGAGGCCAUUGCCUUGGCUUCUGAGGUAGUCCGGCACCCUGACCCUUCUUCUCCAUGCCCCAAGAACCAUCAGCCGUGCGACAAUCUGCAUACUCGGCGAGACAGUGUGCCUGGUGGCCAGGAUGGAGCUUCUCAAGACGAUACAUCGAACUACACUCAUGAGAGUUCUGGCCGAACCCCUGGCGCUGACCUCCAACAAGAGGCCCAGCAAAAAAGGCCUCUGUACCAGCAUGCAGCCACUUAUACAGGUGCUCCUGAACGCCCACGGCUGAACAAAAUUCUGCAUAAUUAUUCUGGUAUAUACGAUGAUACAACCACAAGAGGAUAUCCCGUGCAGGCACGAUCAAGCAUCAUCGAGGAGAAGCAGUUUGCGCCGGUAUCCAAGAAUCCUCCGACCCAGAUGCACAAGCUGAACCGCAAGAGACAAUACGAUGACUUGACAAGGGGGAAAAGAGAUGCCCCCCUGUUGCAAGCCAAGGCCCGUCAGAGCAAAGCAGCAUCAAGGAACUCACAUGCAAGGCAUGCGUCACAUGAGUCUGGUGAUGACGAUGCUCCCCGUGAAGCUGCCGGCCGUCGAAGGUAUGCCGAUCGCGGAAUCAGCCUUCGACGGCGCUCUCAUGUCAGUCUAAGGGGUUCGCAAGGGUUCAGCCUGGCCGGCUCACGCAAACGACAACCAACGGCCAGAGACUGGUCACCAGUCCGCAAGAGAUUUGUCGCUACUGUAGCAUGUAUCAGCACUGCCCUAAUCGGCAUCAUAUUGGGCAUCUACGCAGGCCUGGUCCCUUCGAUACAGUACUACAUCAUCGACCAGUCUCACGCCACGGUGCAUGGAAACACCGGCUGCUUCUUGGGUUUGGCAAUGCCAACCUUCUUCAUGUGGCCGCUGCCUCUGCUACACGGGCGGAAGCCAUACAUCAUGUCGAGCCUCGUACUCGCCAUGCCUCUCCUGUUCCCACAAGCCCUCGCAGUCAACACUCAGAGACUCGCCAACACGGGGACAUGGAGGGCCAUGCUGCUUGCAUCCCGAACGCUCAUAGGGGGCUCACUCGGGUUUGCCAGCAUGAAUUUCCAUUCCAUACUGAUGGAUCUCUUUGGAGCCUCGCUCAUGAGUGCCAACCCCCAUCAAGAAGUAGUGGACCAUUACGAUGCAAGGCGGCACGGGGGCGGCAUGGGAGUCUGGCUGGGCGUAUGGACAUGGUGCUGGGUUGGCUCUCUAGGCAUUGGCUUCCUAGUCGGUGCCUGUGUCAUUGACAGGUACCCUCCAACAUGGGGGUUCUACAUCAGCAUCAUAAUGAUUGCCGUUGUGCUCAUCCUCAACGUCCUCUGCCCCGAGGUCCGCCGCUCUGCCUACAGACGAUCGGUGGCGGAAGUCAGAACAGGAGGUGACAUCUCACGGCGUGUGGCUCGAGGCGAGAUCAUGAUGCACCGGGUCAAGACGGGUCCGAAGUGGUGGGGACAAGAGGUCUAUCAUGGCAUUCUCCUCACUCUGGAGAUGCUUCGCCAGCCCGGCUUCUUGAUUCUCGCCCUCUAUGCCGCCUGGAUCUACGCACAAGUGGUCUUGACCAUUGUGCUCCUGGGGUCGCUGACAUCAAAGUUUUACAAACUACGGUCUCCCAACGUCGGCCUUCUCGUCGGUAGCGUCGCUCUUGGAGCCAUACUGGCUAUUCCCUUUCAAAAGGCCAGUUUCUUCUCAAGAUCCCGCCAAGCGCAGCUCAACACCAACAAGGCAACGAUGGAGAAGAAGAUUGCAUGGUCCUCCCACCUUGUCCGGCGCACCAUCUUCACCAUUCUGCUGCCAAUGGCAGGAAUCUGCUAUGCGGCGGUGUCUUCCGGCCCCCCAAUGCAUGUGGGUGUGCCGGCCAUUUUUGCAUUUUGCAUAGGACUCCUGUCUUGCCUCGCCAUUGCGGAAUGCAACGGUCUGGUGAUGGAGUGCUUUGACACUUCUGAUCUUUCACCCGGGAUGACGGGCCGCCAGCGCAGCAAGUCGGGAAAGUCUGAAAAGCGAACGAAUUACUCUUCUUUCCCAAGAGUCACUGCUGGCUUUGCGGCCAUCCAUACUCUGGCAUUCAUUUUCGCAGCUGGCGCCAGCGCCCUCGGUGGUCUCGUCACUCGGACACUGGGCCAGCAAGUAGCUACCGGGGUUGUGGCGGGCAUCCUGCUCAUCCUAACCAUCAUGCUGCUGUUGAUUCUGGCCCGGUUCACAGACGUGCAAAUCAUACCAAAUUCCAAAUUGGAGGAAAUGGACCGACUGAUCGAGGCCCGUCGCCGAUCGACCAUUCGGCGCGCCUCUAUGCCUGACGACCGACAAGCAGCGGUGGAGGAGGAGAAAGCAUGGCGGCCAGCCAUGCUCGGGAACCCUAUUGGCAAGAAGCGAAGGAUGAAUGUCUUCGAGCUGGGGAGCAUGUCACGGUGGCAGGAGAUACGCAAGAAGAACAAGCUGGUCGACGAGAACGCCCACCUGAACCAGGCGGCGUGGAAUCAGGGGCUCGAGGCACUGGACGACAAGUUGAGUGAUAUCCAGAGUGACGUGGAGGACUUUUUCGGGUUGGCAAGUGUAAAGAAGAGGAACUCGAGGCGUAUGCGACCUUCGGACGAAACCAGCGAUUCAGCUCUGGACAUUGAGAUGGUAAACAUGGGGAAUCAACCGUCUGGGGCGAGGCCCUUGUCGAAGCGUUUCGUGGAGAGGGAAUGCGUCAUGAGCCAAACGGUGGCAGAGGAGAAUGAGGGCUUGGAUGAUCGACGGUACCGCUGA